AAAAUGUCUGCAGUGAAAAAGGUCUUUCGUCAGAGAGCAGCCUCUUCUGUGGGCCGUGGGGGCUGAUGGGAGGUUUGAGGACCUGUCAGAAACCACGUGGCCCCGGUCUGAUCUCACAGCUCGUCCUUGUUUGGCCUCGGCUGCGUCAGAGCGCCACUUCUCCCCAGGUUCACCAGAGGAAACACCACUGCACAAAAUGCUUUUCCUCCCAGCUGCUGCUCUGUGCUGUCUGUGUUCAGCGCUGGUUGCCAUGGCAGAAGAGCUGAUCCAGGACCAGUUAUCAUUGACCAGUAAAGUUGGUGACACAGUCUCCUUCAGCUGUGGAGGAACUCACCAGUGUAGCUAUAAUUAUAUAUUCUGGUACCAGAAGAAAGACACAGAAACAUUCACAUUGAUUCUGCGUUUUGAGAAGAGCAAUGGCAAAAUAUAUUCAGGUUACAAUCAUCCUCAGAAAGAUGAUUUCACAGCUGAGAAUAAACAGAACGGCUGUGAGUUGAAGAUAGAGAAAGUUGAACCCUCUCAUUCAGCCACCUACUACUGCGCCUGCUGGAAAUCUGGCUCCCACAGAAAGUACUACUUCAUCUUUGGCUCUGGAACUAAACUGUAUGUAAAAGAUGAGCCGGUAGUGAAGCCUGUGGUGAGCGUGUACCCAGCAGCAUCCAGAGCCCACCUGGAGGGGAAGAGCUCCCUGCUGUGUCUGGCCUCAGACAUGUCUCCUCCUCUGGUCCAGUUCUCCUGGAAAAGACAGAAGCAGGAUGGUCCUCUGGAGGAGCUGCCCCCUGCUGAGGGAGAGCAGCUGGAGCUCACAGGGUCGGAUCGCGCCGCCGCCGUCUUGCUGAUUCAUCAGCCAGAGAACAGCACCUAUAAAUACCGCUGCUACGUCAGGCACGAGGGGGGCACAGUGGAGGCCCAGACAGAACAAGAGGUUCCAGCUCCAGCAGCCUCCUGUCCUCCAGAGAGAGAGCCACCUGCCCUGCCAGCUGUGCAGCAAGCUGACUUGGUUCCCCUGGAUCCUCUCCAGCGUCAGUGCAGGGUGAAGCUGUUCUGUCUGCUGUACACAGCGCUGAUAGUGAAGAGUCUGGUGUACUGCUGUGGACUCUCUCUGAUCAGGAUCCUCAGAAACAAGGGACCAUCCACCAGUGGCACACAUGCCGACUGACUGUUUUCUGCUUUUCUGCCUUUUCUCACCAUCAGU